AUGAGAUUGAACUCAUUGAUACAUUCAGUAAGUCUGAAACGUUCCUUGAUAUCUUGUACUUAUUUUUUCUUUGCAGCACGAAGGCGCUCGCAUCUACGACCAUUACCGUCUCAUCAAUACCCGAAUGAAACCCUCAUCUACUAUGGGUACAUCGGGUGUGCCCCGAUGUAUCCUUCUGUUGCCAUCUCGCUUCGUACACUCGCUGCCUACCGUCAGUCGCACCGAACGUGUCCCCGGUUCAGUAUCCAAUCACAAUGCAAGACUUUAUGUUACCUUCACGAUAUUCCAUAUCGGCCAUACUUAAAAAUGCAAUUCUCGGCAGCCUAUGACGUUUUUCUAGAAAUCCUCCAUCACAUCAACCAGCGUCUGCGUCAGGCGCUCAAACAGGAUACCGUCAACUGGCAUAUGUUAAACACAUGCCCUGCAUGCUUUUACAAGCUCGACGAUGAACCUGCCCUCGAUUUUGAAUGGCUGGUAUCAAUUGACGGUAACAAUAGCCUGAAGCGAUGGGACUCGUCCAUCUAUGGUACCACCGCCCGAUCUGAUUCUCGCACAGCUCGUUCGGAUUAUUGGAUUCAUGCUGACGCUGUUGACAAGUUUGAGAAUGAAGUCAAAUCCCGACAAGUAAGUACAGACUUGAGGAAUGAUGACGACUGGGAGGAUGAGCCUACAGACCCGGAUCAUCCGGGAGCAUUCACAUGCGUCAAUCGAUGGAGAAACGCUGGCCCAGACUCACGUAAGAAGAUGUUUGCCGUAUUCCAAGAGUCAGGUAUUUUUAUCGCUUCAUGCCGCCAUCGCUUUGUGCUUCUCGCGUGUGAUAUGAUCCGAAGCGGAGAACUUGCGAAAUAUCCGAUAGCGAUCAUCGACAAACUCCUUACGGUAUAUGGAAAAAAUGGAGGUUGCGCGUACGAUAUCGGUUGCGCAUUCUCGAAGACGUUAGCUAAUAGUACGUUGGGCCCUCGUGCACACGAUCUCGGCUUUCGGAUGAUGGUUGGCGCCUUCCAUGGCCAUGCGCACAAUCGAAGGUGUCAGCUUGACUGGCACCCAAUGUAUAUCUCUGGAACUGGCCAUACUGAGGGCGAGGGUUGUGAGCAUAUCUUCUCUGCAUCUAACGAGCUUGCGCGUAGCACAAGGCAUGCUAACCGUUUUCAUCGCCACCAAGCCAUCGAGGAACAUUUCGCUUUUUGGGAUGCCGAUAAGUAUGCUGCACUUAGUAAUUAUUUGUGGACUCAUUAUCGCGAAGCGUUGAAAUCUGUUCGGUUGCUGACAGCCGAGCUAGAAACUAUCAAGGCCGAGCUACACCUUAGCGACAACGACUUCCCUGGAUUCUUUGAUCAGGAACGCAUAUAUCUGGAUGGUCUGAAGCAGCCAGCUCCACGAGAUCGACUCUCUAUACGUUACGUUGAAGUACUAGACGAACUCGCUGAAAGAAGGUAUCUACAUAUUGGCAGCUUGGAACAGAUGCAUGACGCCCUGAAGCAAGCUCGCAUCCGAGUUAAUUCUUCAUACGCCAAAUUACAGCAUGCCGAGGGGCUUGUUGCUCAUUGCGAAACACUCUUAUCUGUCGAUGAGAGAUGGUUGAUUGGCGGUGACGAAUACAAACGUUUCAAGGAGGAAGCGACACUCGGCAAGUAUCGUACUGCAUUGGAUGAACUCGAACGUUUGGUCGUCAUGAGAUUGUUUGAACUCUCAAAGCUCUCGUUAUCGGGCACAGGAUACAAACUACGUCAACAGAUUAGUAAAGCUUUACAGCGGCGCUCGGACACUAUUCGCAACGCGAUCAAUCGCUACAAUAUCCAGGCUGCUUCCCUCAUCCCACCGAGACAAACGAUCGCAUGGAAAGACAUUGCCGAAUACAGUUUCCUUGGCGAGUUUGACCUUCUGCGUGACUCUCGUACUGACAUCCAAGACAAGGAUUGGGCAAGGCCAGCUCACCGUGAGGCGACUACAAAGUACUUCAAGCUCUGCCGAGCUCGCGAAGAAAUUAUUCGACUCAAUAUUGAAAUUCGCCAGCUCCGAACUGCUAUCCACGAUGAAACCAUUGACACAUCUGCCGUUAUCGACGAACUUCUUGUAGCUAACCCUUUGCUUGCUGCCGAGUUGAAACGCCAGUGGCGCUCACGGGCGGCUAUCAACGCUGUGCACACAUAUCAGUUAGAUCAGAUUGAGAGACUAUUUGGAUUCUCUGGUAUUAGUGGCAUUGGAACUCGCCUUGCGAAUCCUGCGUUCAGCAGACCAGUCAAUACCAACGGUGCUAGUUCCGGUGAGUGUGGAUCUUUAACUACCUAUAUCGCAUUAAUUCUCGCCACAGCACAAGCAGAGAAUCCUGAUUCUUCUGCGUCGGAAUUCCAUGAUAUUGAAGCCCUUGACCGUGAAGAGCACGAAGUGGUCACCGAAGACAUGGCUGAUUUUUUGUACUCAAUAAACGACUGA